GGUUGGCACUCCUCUUUUCUGCUGCCGUCUCCACCCUCUUGAGUUUUGAUGGGAAUACUUUCGGCCUAGAACAUUCAUUCUUUCGGUGGAUGCUUGGAAACUUCUGCUUCCUUUAUUUGAUGUGAAAAUCCAUCACCAUCACCCGGUGGAUUUGAGUUCUCUGCCGUGAGCAUACCAGGAAAGCGAAGCGAAAAGGAGGAAGAGAAAUGGCUCUAAAACCGAGUCCCUUCUCCAUUCAAUCUAAGAAUUUCCCAUCCUUUGCUCUUCCUUCUGCAGUGAAGCCUAGGUGUUCCAGGGUUUGCAUGGCUUCCACCCUUAGCUCCAGUACCAAGGAAGCUGAAAAUUUGAAGAAACCUUUCAGCCCUCCCCGUGAGAUACAUGUUCAAGUAACCCACUCCAUGCCACCGCAAAAGGUUGAGAUAUUCAAAUCCCUGGAGGAUUGGGCUGAGCAGAACAUCUUGGUACUCCUGAAGCCUGUUGAGAAGUCUUGGCAACCACAGGAUUUUCUGCCAGACCCUGCCUCUGAGGGAUUCUAUGAGCAAGUCAAGGAAUUGAGGGAGCGAUCAAAGGAGAUUCCUGAUGACUACUUUGUUGUCUUGGUUGGAGAUAUGAUUACAGAAGAAGCCCUUCCUACUUACCAAACAAUGCUUAAUACCCUAGAUGGUGUUCGUGAUGAAACAGGUGCAAGUCUUACUUCUUGGGCAGUGUGGACAAGAGCUUGGACUGCAGAAGAGAACAGGCAUGGGGACCUUCUGAACAAGUAUCUCUACUUGACUGGACGAGUAGAUAUGAAGCAAAUUGAGAAGACAAUUCAAUAUCUGAUUGGGUCAGGAAUGGAUCCAAGGACUGAGAACAACCCAUAUCUUGGGUUCAUCUACACAUCGUUCCAGGAGAGAGCCACUUUCAUCUCUCAUGGGAACACUGCCAGGCUGGCCAAGGAGCAUGGAGACUUGAAGCUAGCACAGAUAUGUGGGACUAUAGCUGCUGAUGAGAAGCGCCAUGAGACUGCUUACACUAAGAUUGUGGAUAAACUUUUUGAGAUUGACCCAGAUGGUACUGUUUUGGCAUUUGCAGAUAUGAUGAGGAAGAAAAUCUCAAUGCCUGCUCACCUGAUGUAUGAUGGCCGGGAUGACAACCUUUUUGAACACUUCUCAGCUGUUGCACAGCGGCUUGGUGUCUACACAGCUAAGGACUAUGCUGAUAUAUUGGAGUUUUUAGUUGGUAGAUGGAAUGUGGAGAAGCUAACAGGUCUCUCUGGUGAGGGGAAGAAAGCCCAAGAUUAUGUAUGUGGGUUGGCUCCAAGAAUCAGAAGGCUAGAGGAGAGAGCUCAAGGGAGAGUGAAGCAAGCUCAGACAAUUCCUUUCAGCUGGAUAUUUGAUAGAGAAGUGAUACUUUAAAUGUGACGUGGAAGCAAGGUUAAUUUCACCCUUUCAAAAUAUGUUCUUAAAUCAUAGCUAGAAAUUGAAAUCCUCUAAUUGUAUUCUCACUUUCACUCUAUUGAUUUCUUCCUUUUGUGCGAGAAGAUGGGGAGGGGCUACUGAUGCUUUAGGCUUAUAGGGAGAGAGCUCUGUGAGGAUGGUAUGGCAUAGCACAGGUUAUCUAGUCAUCGUUAUGAUACUUGCUUUUCUUAUGCUCAUUAAACAUUAAAUGAGAGUUUCCUGUCUGAUCUCAUUGGAUCUGCAUAAAUGAGGAAUUAUAAGUUGUCUUCUAUUUAGUGAGCCGUAUGAGAACAGUGGCAUAUGCAGCUGAGAUCUUUGAGUCAUUGUUAUAAUACAUGUUUUCCUUAUGCCUGGUAAACAUUUAAAGAAAGUUUCCUUAUCCAUUGAGAGCAUUGACA